UCGUGACCCUAGAUGCCCGGAGUAGGGUCGAAGGUCCCCAAAGCAGCCGCCAGACGGCUGCGGCGGACGGUGAUGACGCACUGUGCUGUGCGCCAAGACGCUGGCUGCGGCGCGGGGGAGGGGCGAAGGCUUCCGCAGCGUCAGGCGUGCGCACACGUUGCACCUUCUCGCCUUGGGCGAGUCGGGGGUGUUUCGGGUGGCAGGGCAGGCGCGCUGACAGGUAGACCGGCGGAGCAGUGCAGAUGGCGACGCUCUGUCUGACUGUGAAUUCGGGAGACCCUCCGCUGGGAGCUUUGUUGGCAGUAGAACAUGUGAAACACAAUGUCAGCAUUUCUGUUGAAGAAGGGAAGGAGAAUAUUCUUCGUGUAUCUGAAAAUGUGGUAUUCACGGACAUAAAUUCCAUACUUCGCUACUUGGCUAGAAUUGCAACUACAGCUGGGCUGUAUGGCUCUAACCUGUUGGAACAUACUGAGAUUGAUCACUGGUUGGAGUUUAGUGCUACAAAAUUGUCUUCAUGUGAUUUGUUUACUUCUGCAAUCAACGAACUCAAUCAUUGCCUGUCUCUGAGAACAUACUUAGUUGGAAACUCCUUGAGCUUAGCAGAUUUAUGUGUUUGGGCCACCCUAAAAGGAAAUGCUGCAUGGCAGGAACGGCUGGAACAGAGCAAAGCUCCAGUUCAUGUAAAACGCUGGUUUGGUUUUCUUGAAGCCCAGCAGGCCUUCCAGUCAGUAGGUACCAAGUGGAAUGUUUCAACGACCAAAGCUAAAGUGGUACCUGAGAAAAAGCAAGAUGUUGGGAAAUUUGUUGAGCUUCCAGGUGCUGAGAUGGGAAAGGUUACCGUCAGAUUUCCUCCAGAGGCUAGUGGUUACUUACACAUUGGGCAUGCAAAAGCUGCUCUUCUGAACCAGCACUACCAGGUUAACUUUAAAGGGAAACUGAUCAUGAGAUUUGAUGACACAAAUCCUGAAAAAGAAAAGGAAGAUUUUGAGAAGGUUAUCUUGGAAGAUGUUGCAAUGUUGCAUAUCAAACCAGAUCAAUUCACUUACACCUCGGAUCAUUUUGCAACUAUAAUGAAAUAUGCAGAGAAGCUAAUUCAGGAAGGGAAGGCGUAUGUGGAUGAUACUCCUGCUGAGCAGAUGAAAGCAGAGCGUGAGCAGAGGAUAGAAUCCAAACACAGAAAAAACUCUGUUGAGAAGAAUCUACAAAUGUGGGAAGAAAUGAAAAAAGGAAGCCAGUUUGGUCAGUCCUGCUGUUUGCGAGCAAAAAUUGACAUGAGUAGUAACAAUGGGUGCAUGAGGGACCCCACGCUUUAUCGCUGCAAAAUUCAACCACACCCAAGAACUGGAAAUAAAUACAAUGUUUAUCCGACAUAUGAUUUUGCCUGCCCCAUAGUUGACAGCAUUGAAGGUGUUACACAUGCCCUGAGAACAACAGAAUACCAUGACAGAGAUGAACAGUUUUACUGGAUUAUUGAAGCUUUAGGCAUAAGAAAACCAUACAUUUGGGAAUAUAGUCGGCUAAAUCUCAACAACACAGUGCUAUCCAAAAGAAAGCUCACAUGGUUUGUCAAUGAAGGACUAGUAGAUGGAUGGGAUGACCCACGAUUUCCUACGGUUCGCGGUGUGCUGAGAAGAGGGAUGACAGUUGAAGGACUGAAACAGUUUAUUGCUGCUCAGGGUUCUUCACGUUCAGUUGUGAACAUGGAAUGGGACAAAAUUUGGGCAUUUAACAAAAAGGUUAUUGACCCGGUGGCUCCACGAUACGUCGCGUUACUGAAGAAAGAGGUGAUCCCGGUGAACAUCCCUGAGGCCCAGGAGGAGAUGAAAGAAGUAGCCAAACAUCCAAAGAAUCCUGAUGUUGGCUUGAAACCCGUGUGGUAUAGUCCUAAAGUUUUCAUUGAAGGUGCUGACGCAGAGACGUUGUCAGAGGGUGAGACGGUUACAUUUAUAAAUUGGGGCAACAUCAACAUUACUAAAAUACACAAAAAUGCAGAAGGAAAAAUUGUAUCUCUUGAUGCAAAAUUGAAUUUGGAGAACAAAGACUAUAAGAAAACCACUAAGAUCACAUGGCUUGCCGAGACCGAACGUGCUCUUCCUGUCCCAGCAAUCUGUGUCACUUACGAGCACUUGAUCACAAAGCCCGUACUGGGAAAAGACGAGGACUUUAAGCAGUAUGUCAACAAGAACAGUAAGCAUGAAGAAUUAAUGCUGGGGGAUCCCUGCCUUAAGGAUUUGAAAAAAGGAGACAUUAUACAACUCCAGAGACGAGGCUUCUUCAUAUGUGAUCAACCUUAUGAACCUGUUAGUCCAUAUAGUUGCAUAGAAGCUCCAUGCAUUCUGAUAUACAUUCCUGAUGGGCAUACGAAGGAAAUGCCAACAUCUGGGUCAAAGGAAAAGACCAAAGUCGAAACAACAAAGAAUGAGGCAGCUACUCCUCUUAAGACAAGGUCAGCUCCUUCUUUGAAUAAUACUUGCGCUACGUCUGAGGAUUCCUUGGUCCUUUACAACAGAGUGGCUGUUCAAGGGGAUGUGGUUCGUGAAUUAAAAGCCAAGAAAGCAGCAAAGGAAGAUAUAGAUGCAGCUGUAAAACAGCUUUUGUCUUUGAAGGCUGAAUAUAAGGAGAAAACUGGCCAGGAAUAUAAACUUGGAAAUCCUCCUGCUGCAAUAAUACAGAAUGUUUCUUCUAAAUCAUCAUCAGAUAUUCUGGAAAGUAAAUCUCUGUAUGAUGAAGUUGCUGCACAAGGGGAGGUGGUUCGUAAACUGAAAGCUGAAAAAGCCCCUAAGGCUAAAGUAAAUGAAGCUGUAGAAUGCUUACUGUCCCUGAAAGCUCAGUAUAAAGAAAAAACUGGGAAGGAGUACAUUCCUGGUCAGCCACCAUCAUCACAAAGUUCAGAUUCAAGUCCAUCCAGAAGCUCUGAGCCUCGUGGUCCAGAAACACCAGAAGCCAAAUCACUUUUUGACAAAGUAGCUACUCAAGGAGAAGUAGUUCGAAAACUUAAAGCUGAAAAAGCUUCUAAGGAUCAAGUAGAUACAGCUGUACAAGAACUCCUUCAGCUGAAGGCACAGUACAAGUCUCUGACGGGAGUAGAUUAUAAGCCUGUCUCUGCCAAUGGGGCUGAGGAAAAAGAUAAGAAAAAGAAAGAAAAAGAAAAUAAAUCUGAAAAGCAGAAUAAAAUUCAGAAACAAAACGAUGGCCAAAAGAAAGACUCUUCUAAAAACCAAGGAAGUGGGCUGUCAUCAAGUGGACCAGGGGAAGGACAAGGGCCUAAGAAGCAGACCAGGUUGGGUCUUGAGGCAAAAAAAGAAGAAAAUCUUGCAGAUUGGUAUUCUCAAGUCAUCACAAAGUCAGAAAUGAUUGAAUACUAUGAUAUAAGUGGCUGCUAUAUCCUUCGUCCCUGGGCAUAUUCCAUUUGGGAAUCCAUCAAGGACUUUUUUGACGCUGAGAUCAAGAAACUUGGUGUUGGAAACUGCUAUUUCCCCAUGUUUGUGUCUCAAGGUGCAUUAGAGAAAGAGAAGACUCAUAUUGCUGACUUUGCCCCUGAGGUUGCUUGGGUGACAAGAUCUGGCAAAACAGAGUUGGCAGAACCAAUUGCUGUUCGUCCUACCAGUGAAACAGUAAUGUAUCCUGCAUACGCGAAAUGGGUGCAGUCCCACAGAGACCUGCCCAUCAGGCUCAAUCAGUGGUGCAAUGUGGUGCGUUGGGAGUUCAAGCAUCCUCAGCCUUUCCUACGUACUCGUGAAUUCCUUUGGCAGGAAGGGCACAGUGCAUUUGCUACAUUUGAAGAGGCAGCAGAAGAGGUUUUGCAGAUACUUGACUUAUAUGCUCAGGUAUAUGAAGAACUCCUGGCAAUUCCUGUUGUAAAGGGAAGAAAGACUGAAAAGGAGAAAUUUGCGGGAGGAGACUACACAACUACAGUAGAAGCAUUUAUAUCUGCCAGUGGAAGAGCUAUCCAGGGAGCAACAUCACAUCAUUUAGGGCAGAACUUUUCUAAAAUGUUUGAAAUCAUUUUUGAAGAUCCAAAGACACCAGGAGAGAAGCAGUUUGCCUAUCAAAACUCCUGGGGCCUGACAACUCGAACUAUUGGUGUUAUGACCAUGGUUCAUGGGGACAACAUGGGCUUAGUAUUACCACCCCGUGUAGCCUGUGUUCAGGUGGUGGUUAUUCCUUGUGGCAUUACAAAUGCACUUUCUGAAGAAGACAGAGAUGCUCUGAUUGCAAAAUGCAAUGAUUAUCGAAGGCGGUUACUCAGUGUUAAUAUUCGAGUUAGAGCUGAUUUGCGAGAUAACUAUUCACCAGGUUGGAAGUUCAAUCACUGGGAGCUCAAGGGAGUUCCGGUUAGACUUGAAGUUGGGCCACGUGAUAUGAAGAGCUGUCAGUUUGUUGCUGUCAGACGAGACACUGGAGAAAAGCUGACAGUUGCUGAAAAUGAGGCUGAGACGAAACUUCACGCUAUUUUGGAAGACAUCCAUGUUAACCUCUUUACCCGGGCUUCUGAAGACCUUAAGACUCAUAUGGUUGUGGCUAAUACAAUGGAGGACUUUCAGAAGGAGCUUGAUUCUGGGAAGAUUGCUCAGAUUCCAUUCUGUGGGGAAAUGGACUGUGAAGAUUGGAUCAAAAAGACCACUGCCAGGGAUCAAGAUCUUGAACCUGGUGCCCCGUCGAUGGGAGCUAAAAGCCUUUGCAUCCCCUUCAGACCACUCUGUGAGCUGCAGCCUGGAGCCCAGUGCGUCUGCGGCAAGAACCCUGCCAAGUUCUACACCUUGUUUGGUCGUAGUUACUAAGGGAUAAGACAAAACCCCGUCUCCAACCCUCCUCACUUUUUAAGAAGUUGAUACUAUUAUCUUCCCAGAUAUAGACAGUUUUAUGAUUUUUUUUUUUUUAAAUAAAGGAUCUAAAAGGAGGUCACAUGAGAAAAAUACCUAUUCUUAUGCCUAAAUAGUGGAAAAGAGAUUUUUCUGUAAACAACCCCAGUAAUAAAUAUCAUGAACUAA